CAUUCUAGGAUGCCAUUUCAGUCACUGAAAGUAUGGAUUGCACAGUAGAGAUGGAGACAGAGAGAAAUGCAUAUGCGUUGUUUGGCAAUUCGGUCCCGAGCAUGUGAAUUGUCUCUAAGCUCGCGAUGAAGGGAAGAAGCAAGAAACCCUAGGCAAUGGAUUACGAGAGGAUCGAAAGGCGAGCUCAUCAGGGAGGGGGAGGGCUUUCUCCCGGAAAAUUGAGGAGUAUGCUGUUGGGAGUGGAGAAGAAGAGGAAAGACAAAGAAGAGCCGCAAGAUGAAGAACUGGAGUCUUCCUCCUAUUCCUUGAGAUCUCAGGUUUCUGAGACCGAUGACUCUGGUGGUAGCUGUCCUGAGAAUUAUAAAGACGUCGAUAUUGUAAGUGUACGACCUGGAUCCACGGCUUCCGUCGUAGCUGACUCAUUUCCCACGGUUAUGGUCAGUGACAAUCAACUGAAAGAUCAAUCUAUAGCCAUCUCAAGAAUAAGGUCUCAAGAUGACAGUUCUCUAGAUUAUGAUAGUGGGUAUGAAAGUAUGAGUGUGUCUUCAUCAGUGUUUGAGUUUCAAAAGGCUGAGCGGGCUGCACAUAGAGUGCCUCUUGCACCUUUCUCUAAACCAGCACCGUCAAAAUGGGAUGAUGCUCAGAAAUGGAUAGCAAGCCCUACAUCUAACCGGCCGAAGAGCAGCAACAGUCAAGUGCAGGGUGGGUUGCGGAAAGUUAGUCAUUUUGGUCAUGGAAGUCGACAAUCAUCAUUGAAGGUUGUUGUAGAGGUUCCAGAUCAGAGGCUGGUUCCUUAUGAAGAGCCAGAUACGAAGAUGAUUGAUGCACGCCCAGAUAAGAAAGAAAGCGGGGGCAAGUUUGUUGGUUGGGAGGCCGAACCAUACCCUGUGCCUGAUUCAUAUGGCAAACCAGUGGUCAUGAUAGAGAAUUUUAUUGGAGAAUCAGCAAUUAAUCUAAGCCGUCAUGAUUCAUCUGUGUCUAUCCAUAGUGCAACAACAUUUGUACCACCGCCUUCAACUGCCAGGUCAGUUUCAAUGAGAGAUAUGGGUACAGAAAUGACUCCUAUUGCCAGCCAAGAACCUUCCAGAACUGGAACUCCUGUUAGGGCAACGACACCAAUGCGCAGCCCAUCAUCUUCUAGGCCAUCAACUCCUCAAAGAAGAGCACCGGCUACAUCUCCUAUUCAUCCUCUGAAUGACCAUUUAGAUCCCAAUAAAAAUGAGUUGUCUGAAAAAGAACUGCAGAUGAAAACAAGAAGAGAAAUAAUGGUUCUUGGAACUCAACUGGGUAAAAUGAAUAUUGCUGCCUGGGCUAGCAAAGAAGAAGAGGACAAGGAUGCAUCUACUUCUCUGAAAACUGUAAGAGUUGGACAGCCAUCUAAAAGUGUCAUUGAGACACGUGCAGCGGCUUGGGAGGAGGCAGAGAAAGCCAAGUUUAUGGCCAGGUUCAAACGCGAGGAAAUCAAGAUACAAGCAUGGGAGAACCAUCAAAAAGCCAAGGCAGAAGCUGAUAUGAGGAAAACUGAGGUAGAGUUGGAAAAGAUGAGAUCACGAGCUCACGACAGACUGAUGAACAAGCUAGCAAUCCUGAGGCACAAGGCGGAGGAGAAGCGGGCAGCAGCUGACGCCCAGAGAAACAGGCAAGCUGCAAAGACAGAGCAGCAGGCAGAUCAUGUACGCCAAACUGGGCGAAUUCCAUCCUCAUUUUCAUGCUGCGGCUGGUGCCCUUGAAACCUGAAUCACUUGAUCGAGGCAGCUUUAUGUUUUGGGUGAAAUUGCCAGAGCAUAGUGUAAAGCUUACAGGUACCCUCUCUUGUAAUUUGUGUAUUUCAUUUCGUCAUUCUCUUGAAGCUUGACUCUGGUCACCGUGACUGUGAGAUGGUAAGGCUAGAAUGAAGCUUUUCUUUGGCGUCUCUGUCUCCAUGUCCCCUUCUUGGAAUUGUACUAGUCACAUACAAAAAGAUGACUUCAUUUAAGCUCAGUCUUAAAUAGACAGAAACCAAUUUCAACAAAACAUAAAAUGUAAGAAAUGAAGCUAUUCUCGUAUUUUACACACAGCA